AGGCUGUGGACGAUGGAGGGACGAGAAAUGUUGGGUGCUUCCUGCUCCAUGCUCCAUGCUGGUCCGACGACGUUUGAAGGAGUUGACGGCUUCUCUCUUUUCGCCAGACCUGGCUCGGUGUGACAUCGAUGGGGGGACGAUCUCACACGUUGGCCGGGUGAAAGCAGCCAUGCUGGAGAUCUUGGAGGUGAUUGGGGAACUGGAGGAGGAGUGUUAUUUCCAGCCUGUUGCUCUUUCUGAUAAGAGUCAGAUGGAUACUCUCACGAGUGAAUGUAACGAUUUGUUCGAGAAGGGGUGCACUCAGGGAGUUUUACUUGUGAACAGCUGGGGCGGUGAGCUGCCAGCAAGUAUGGUGGCGGAUGGGCACUUUCUUCUCGAUCGACCGCCGUUAUCAUCUAAAGCGGAGUCCGCAUCUACACUGCCAAUGGAGGUGAGUGAUCCCCUCUGCACCAUGGAUUUUCUUGAUGACAUGACAUCAACAAUAGGGGCGGUAUCGCAAAUUAUCACUGUUAUACCAACUACAAUAUCUGCAACUGCGAUGAUUCCGCUCUGCACCAUGGGUAUUCUCGAUAACACAACAUCAACAACGGGAGCGGAAUCUCGGAUUAUCACCGCUAUAUCGACUACAACGUCUGCGAUGAUUGCUUCCAUUUGCAUCACGGAGAUAUCAAACGAAUCGGGGGUUUUUUCCAUUCAAAGGGUUGCUCCCGUGGGUAUCUCGAUGAUAUUUAAUGGAGUCGGAGUGCUUACCAAUCAAGCAUCUACAACAUCAUCUAAAGAAGCGUCGCCAACUGCCACGGGUAUUAUAAAGACAUCUGAUGGGCUGGGUGAGCUUCUCGAUACACCAAAAACGCACCCUCGAUACACCAAAAACGACGCAGGCUCUGGUCGACAACAAGAAGACAUCUGACGGGCCUGCUCAGCUUUUCAAUUUUCAAUCAACGACUCAAGCUCCC